AUGCCCAAAGUCCCCUCCGUCUCUCCCGUCACGGGCAAGCCGGUACCCCCGGAUUACCUGCACGCGUCGGACAUUCAUUUCCAGGAUACGCAGGGGCGCAGCGUGCUCCUUCGAGGCAUCAACUUCACCGCAUCCGCCAAGGCACCACCAGGCCAGCCGAGCCAGAGCCAGGAAGGGUUCUGGGAGGACGCGGAGAGAGGCGACACUUCUUGGGUGGGCGCGAUGGGACUCAACGUCGAAGAUGGGAGUGCAGAUAUCCACCUCGCCCGCUUGAGGGCAUGGGGUUACAACAUGCUUCGCUUCGUGUUCACUUGGGAGUCGCUGGAGCACGCAGGGCCGGGCAAGUACGAUUACGAGUACAUGGACUAUGUGGUCAAGGUGCUGUAUAAGUGCAAGGAGUGGGGGUUCCGCGUCAAUAUGGACCCGCACCAGGACGUCUGGUCGCGGUUCUCUGGCGGCUCUGGCGCGCCAUUAUGGACGAUCUACGCGUGUGGUGUGGACCCACAAAACAUUGUGCCGACUUACUCGGCGCUCGUGCAGUGCGACUACCCCAGCAAGGAGGCGCCCGAUCCGGGCUCGAUGCCGGCCAUGAUCUGGUCGUCGAACUACUACCGCGCGUUCGGACACACGGUGUGGACUCUCUUCUUCGCCGGCAAGGAGUUUGCGCCCAAGUGCACCAUCGACGGGAAGAACGUCCAGGACUUCCUACAGGACCACUUUAUCGACGCUGUCGGCGAGCUCAUCAAGGUCGUGGCGGCUGCGGGUAACGGCGAGCUCCUCGAGUCCUGUGUGCUUGGUUGGGACUCGAUCAACGAGCCUGCCGAGGGUCUUAUUGGGGUUAGAGACGUCAGCCAGGUGCCCAAGGACCAGCCGGUGCGCCUUGGGCCUGUGCCGACGCCGUUUGAGAGCAUGCGGUUGGCCAUGGGCGAGUCGCUCACCGUCGACAACUACAAGUUCACGUCGAUGGGACCGAGUAAGACCGGCACAGUCUCGCUUGACCCCAAGGGAACGAGGCUGUGGAUCUCGCCCGCGGACGACGCCAAGCGUGGCGCUGGCCGGUGGGGUUGGAAGCGCGGGAGCGAGUGGGAGAUUGGCAUGUGCAUCUGGGCACAGCACGGCGUCUGGGACCCGACAACGAAGACCCUGCUCAAGCCGGCUUACUUCCACACGCUACCGACUAACCCGUCGCACGAGGUCGAGUUUGUGUACGACUUCUGGCGGCAACACUGGAUGUCGUACGCGUCGAGCGUGCGCACACACCACCCUGAUGCGGUGCACUUUAUGAACACGUCGGUGUUCAAGCCGCUCCCGCCGCUACCCGAAAGUUUCCUGUCGGGCCGCGCCUGCAGCACACCCCACUUCUACGACGGACUCACGCUCAUGACCAAGCACUGGAACUGGUUCAACGCGGACGCGCUGGGUAUCCUGCGCGGCAAGUACUGGUCGAUCGUGCAAGGACUGCGGGUUGGCGAAGCCGCAAUCCGUAAUGUCAUCCAGGAGCAGCUGGGCGUGUUGAAGGAGGACACGAAGAAGAGUAUCGGCAGGUACCCUACGAUGAUGGGCGAGAUUGGGUGCCCGUACGACCAGGACGGGCGUGCGGCGUACGGUUACGUCAACGGCGGCAAAGGUAAGGGUGACUACACGGCGCAGACGAAGAGUUGGGACGCAUCGAUGAAUGGCCACGACGGACCCAACUCGCUCAAUUACACGCUGUGGAACUACACGCCGACCAACUCCCACCAGUGGGGCGACGGGUGGAACGGCGAGGACCUGAGCAUCUGGUCACCUGACGACUGCAAGGGCGCGAGCUACAAGACGGAACGCUCUCUUGCCGAGAGUGCGGCUACGCUCUUAUCCACGACGUCCACGGCGUCCACGGCGACGUUGCGCCCCAGCCUUGUGACCCCGAAAGGUAUCGACGACAGCAGAGAGAUCACGCCCGAACUGCUGAUGGACGGCACGCGUGCUAUCGGGGCUGUCUGUCGGCCAUACCCCGUGGCGACCGUCGGCGCGCCGAGCCGCAUCGACUUUGACAUCUACACGAGUUUGUUCCGCCUAUCCGUGACCGUGGGGCCAGAGGACGGCGGAGACGGCACGAUCAUCUACCUACCUUUCGUGCACUAUGCGCGAGAGCUGGAGUGGGUCCCUGGCGGGGAGGAUGGCUCCGAGCUGAGCUCAUGCGUCAACUCCUCAUCCAACCUCCUGGAUAGCGACGUAGACGACCCGAAGGCCCUCAAGGUUAAGGCUCCGCUAAAACUCGGAAUCGAAGUACGCACGACGGCUGGCGAGUACAGAUUCGCCGGCCAGUUCUUGACCUGGACGUACCCGAUUCCGGCGCGCCAGACCACCUACACGAUUGAGAUCCGCCGCGCACGCGGUGUACUCGCUCACAAUGCGCGGACAGAGGAGGAGUGGAGCAUGCUGUCGUACAUUGGGUGCACGAUAGCCUGA